ACCUUGAAGUGUUUUGAUUCACUAUAUUGGGAAAAUUAAUUCCUCAUGCUCCCAGACAACAAUGGCCAAUGAAAUCAUCGAUGGCAAUGACAUUUCCAGAAAUUACUGAUGUUUUUUAUUUCCUUUAGUGUAAACCAGUUCUUGCGAUUAGUAGAGGUAUCGUGUAAAACAAUCCUGACUUCAUUGUUACUUUGACGUUUGUUGGUAAACAAUAAUCAGCUGUUUGCGUUGGGGACAAAACAGUAACUCAAAAUUUCAGUGACAAACUUCCAUCAACCUUCGCUAACUCUAUAAACAGUUGUAAAUAGUAAGUCAACAGUAAUUGAAAGUAACUAUUAACUAUUCCUACGUAAGCAUUUAUAACAAAGAGAACCAACCCGGAAGUGUUGCAUAUCUGCCGAGAAUUGCAGCAAUACUUACAUUGCUGGACUGGUGGCCGAAAAUAGAUUUUUGGCCUAAAUUCCCAAACAUUUGCAACGCUUUCAGCUCGUUGAUUCCGAUAUCAAAAUUAUCAAAUUAUCACGUUGAAAAUGAGUGAUGAGAGAACACCAAGUGAACCUAAAGAUACAGGAAAUUUACCCAGAAACAGGACAACUAGUGAGUGUUCAUUUACCAGCGACGAUGGAGCAGUUGGAUUUACUGGAAAUAGGCAGCGAACGACUUCCCAACAAUUCAUGGUUACCAGUGGAUUGACUGCUGCGUCACCCCCAAAAUUUGUUUCGUUGGAAGAAAUUAUGCAGGCGGCUAAUGGGAUGAGAGAUAUGGCUUUGGUGCAUCAAAUUGUUGUCGACAAAGACUUCAAGUUGAAGAAGGCUGAACCAGAUCCAAACAGUGUGCAAAAAGUUGUUAAGGACACGAUGCAUAAAGCUUUUUGGGACAUUUUGAGACAGCAGUUGGCUGAAGAUCCUCCCAAUUAUACGCUGGCAUUUACUCUUUUGGAAGAGAUAAAACAAGGAUUAUUUUCAUUGCUCCUACCACAGCAUACAAGAAUACGACAACAAAUUUCGGAAAUUUUAGAUUCUGCUCUCAUCAAACAGCAAGCAGAACAAGGGACUUUGGAUUUCAAGAAUUACGCACAAUAUGUAGUAUCUGUAAUGUCGAAGUUAUGUGCACCCAUUCGAGAUGACAAAAUUACAGAAUUGACAGAAACUUCAGACGUUAUCGACACCUUCAAAGGCAUUCUCGAGACUUUAGACUUGAUGCUGUUGGAUAUGGCGAACUUUACACUGCAAAUGGCGAGACCGGAUAUAAUAACGCACAGUGUGGAUUGGGAAAGGAAAAAGUUUGCAGAUUUUUUAGCUCUUCAACCUGAUGGUUUGGAACAAACUCGUAGAUGGUUGACGAAGUAUAUAAAAAAUGAUCAGCCUGUACCGCAAGACGUUGAGUACGAGAAGUUUAUCAGGAUAGUAUUGAAAAAAUCAUUUUUGCAAGCGUGCGUAGAUUUAUUGGAUUGGCCGGAAAAUGAAGAAUAUCCCGAGACUUUCAUGUUGGAUGUCGAAAGAUUAAUUGAUUUACAAGUGAGGACUUUCCGGUUAAUUGGCACAGCAACAAUACUACUGGUGACAGUCAGCAGUCUGGGAGCUGAUUUGCAAACGUUAGCACCUUUCAAACAAUCUUUGAAGGACCAUAUUUCUAUACUAUUGCAAAACGUGAAAAAUGAUAAGGACCUGAUUGACGUUUUACCAAACGUUGCUGAACAGGUGAUAAACGAUGUAAAAGAAGCUCAAAGAAAAUAUGAAUUGCCAGAAAUGUUUCAAGCAGUCGAGGCAACUUUGAAACAGCAAAUAUUGGACACGGGAUUAGCUGAUCAUAAAGUGAGGGGUAUUGUUAAGCAAAGGGUGAAGGAUUUCUUUCAGGAUAUUAUCGAGUCUUCAACUGCUGCACCCCAGAAAGUGCCUUCCGGUUUGACUGCUUUACAGAAGGAACUCACGGAAGUUGCGGGUCAAUUUCUGAGAAUCGUUUCUCACAACAGUACCGUAUUUUGCAUUUAUUAUUACGACAUUGUUGCUUCGGUGCUGCCUAAGCCAAGUCAAGCUUCAAAUUAACUUCAGUCAGUUGAUUUUUUAUAUAUUCAUUGAUUAACAAUUAUCACAAUAAUGUAAAUAAUGUUUCCCGUAUUUAUUCAGACAUGCUUUUGGUUGUAAUUAGUAAUCUCCGUACUUUUAUAAACUGUGUAACAGAACCAAUAUGACUAUUAUAUCUAGCUAAUUAUAUUUUUAUCACAGGCAGA